GUCAUUUUGUGGAUAAAAGAAGAAGUUCUUGCAUUUUUUACGUAAAAAAAUGUUUUCUGCUGUGAUUCGAUCUUCCAUUCGCCGGUUUACACCUGGGCUGUCUAACCUUACUCUGUUGAUUGGGAAACAUCAUGCAAGACCUAUAUCUACCUGUGAAAUACGAUGGAAAAGACGAAAAACUGCAGAAGAAAAGAAAUCGCAAAGAAUCAUCGAAUAUUCGCCAAAAAAGAAAAAUUCGCCAGAUUUACCAGAUGUAGUGGAGAUAUGGCGGCAUAUGACUGUAGAUCAAUUGUCUAAAUCUACAAGUCGUUCUUUGGAUGACGUCCAAGAGGCCAUGUUGUUUGUUAAAGAUGCUGACAAUAUUGAACCGAAUGCCCAACUGCAUGACUUGAAAGUUAUUCAAGAAAUUGUUAAGAAACUUGGGGCUAGGGUUCGUAUUGUAGCUGCGCCUACUGAAGCGACAGCAGAAGUUGAAAGUAAAGAUAAGGACGUGCUUCCUAGACCAGCAGCUGAUGCAGCGCAGAUGAGGCCACGUCCUCCUGUGGUUACUGUUAUGGGACAUGUAGAUCAUGGUAAAACAACGUUGUUGGAUUCAUUGCGUGGUGCUGACGUUGCAUCUGGAGAAGCUGGCGGUAUCACUCAACAUAUUGGUGCAUUUACAGUGACUUUGGAAAACGGAGAGAAGGUUACGUUUCUCGAUACACCGGGACACGCAGCGUUUAGUUCGAUGAGAGCGCGGGGUGCUGUUGCCACAGAUAUAAUUGUAUUGGUGGUAGCUGCUGAAGAUGGUGUGAUGGCACAAACCAAAGAAGUUAUUAAUUUGGCAAAAGAAGCUAAAGUUCCCAUCAUUGUUGCCAUUAAUAAAAUUGAUAAACCUGAAGCAAAUAUUGAAAAAACUAAACAAGAACUGUCUCAAAUGGGUUUGACCUUAGAGGAGCAUGGUGGCGAUAUUCAAGUUAUUCCAAUUUCAGCAAUAAAGGGUACAAAUAUUCCAUUGCUGGCAGAGGCAGUUAGUACCCAAGCGACACUAAUGGGCUUAAAAGCCGACUUUACUGGCUUAAUGGAGGGAGUUGUUGUAGAAUCUAAAACAGAUCCAAGGCGAGGAAAGCUAUCGACUGCAAUUGUCAAGCGGGGUACUCUUCGCAGAGGAUCGAUCUUAGUUAGUGGACUAGCGCAUGCUAAAGUUAGAGGUCUGUUUGAUCAUAAUGGCAUGCCUUUGGAUAAAGCUGAGCCGGGUACACCAGUAGAAAUAUUAGGAUGGCGAGAGCUGCCACUUGCUGGAGAUUUAAUUCUAGAAGUUGAAUCAGAGAAAAAAGCCAAUUCCGUCCUUAGAUAUCGAACACAUGAAGCUCAAAAGGAGAAGGCAGAACAGAGUCUUGAAGAAAUACGUAAGAAAGAAGAGGAACAUUUGGAAAAAUAUCGGGCAGAAAGAGACGCACGUCGUUUGGCUGGUAGGUUUCGUUGGCGACAUGGUCCCAGAUCGAAAGAGACAAUACCAAAUGAUGGCACACCUCGUGUCAGUGUCAUAAUUAAAGGUGAUGUACAUGGUUCGGUCGAGGCCAUACUUGAUGUAUUAGAAACGUAUAGUGGCAACGAGAAAUGUCGUUUGGAUGUAGUUCAUUAUGGCGUUGGCAACGUAACGGAGUCUGAUAUUGAAUUGGCAAAAUCAUUUGAUGCCAUAGUUUAUGCAUUCUCCGUUGAACCACCUGCUAAAGUUACUGGCGAUGUUUCCAUACGAGUUUGCAACAUCAUAUAUCGUUUAAUUGACGAUCUAAAAGAAGAAAUCAGCAAUAAACUGCCUCCUCUGGAGAUUGAAGAUGUAUUGGGUGAAGCAAAUGUUUUACAACAAUUUGCUAUUACGGAAGGGCGAAAAGAAGUACCAGUAGCCGGUUGUAGAUGUACAAAAGGUGUAUUGAAAAGGGCACAUCAAUUUCGUUUAAUGCGAGAUGGCGAAAUCAUUUACGAUGGCCCGGUUGAAUCUAUGAGACAUUUAAAGAGUGAAGUAGAUUCAAUAAAAAAAGACGUUGAAUGUGGCAUACGUUUAAAAGACACUAAAAUUGUACCACAACCAGGCGACAUUAUAGUUUGCUAUUCAACACAUACGGAACCACAAAAGACUGAUUGGGAUCCAGGCUUUUAAUUUUUCGCAAAAAUAAUAUUACUUACAUACAUGUAAAUAAAUAUACAUACAUACAUACUAAUAAUUUAAAGACUUUGAAUUCCAAAUUCAAAUUUAAAACAUUAUGCCAAAAUGUGAGUUAUUUUAAUUUAAGUAAUUCUUUAACAUUAAAAUUAUUAUCUUUAUUUGUUUUCUAUUUGUUUAGUUAAGCAAAUUCAAGAUACAUUAUUUAUUUGUGAGAUUCAUAGUCAACUUAAAUGUGCAGUUAUAUUAAACUAAUUUAUCAAUUCAAUAAAAUCAUGUUUCAUUUUGGCAUA